AUGGAUAGCCCGGACGGUGGCAGCGAUGCGGGCGGCAAAAAGAAGAAGAGCUCGCGCCCACUGUUCCUGAAUCGGGACAUUGUGAUCAAGCGGCUCCACCGACGCCAGCAGAGCAAGAAGGCCAGUCCGAUGGUCCUGCUGAAGGACAUCUUCGAGGAGACGGAUGACAAGGACCGCUUCGUGGGCGACGUCAUGUUCUGGAAGUUCUUCGAGGACAUUGACGCGAACCGGAUCUAUCACACCAACUCUGUAGAGUACAGGAAUCUCAAAGUGAUGUUCUUUGAGACCCUCUUCUACCUGGUGUUGCUGUUCUCGGUGACGCUCUAUGCGUACAACUUGCAAUCGCAGGACGUCUUUGAGAGCCGCAUCGAGCAGCUGGAUUACUGGCGGGGCUGCGACACCGACGGGAACUGCCGCAUCCAGAAGGUGGAAAACGUCGCGAGCUUUUGGACGUGGAUGACGAACGAGCUGGUGCCUUUAGCCUACACCGACGACGUGGGGGCCCCGAAGGUCGCGCAGAUCGAGACGGUCUUCCCGAACAGCAACUUUCCGCUCUACUGGAGCCCGCGGUACCUGAGCGACACCCGGAGCACUGUGCUGCUGGGGGCGCUGCGCAUGCGCCAGCUGCGGGUGCAGCCCAACGUCGGCUGCUCGGUGACGGCUCUGGUGCGGCACGUCUACCCCGAUUGCUACUCCACCUACGACGAGACCCGCGAAAGCCAGGAGCCCUUUGACCCCCGCUUCGCGCCCACGUACCUUACGAAGGCGUACCAGUGGCGCCCGGUGGAAGAGACCAAGCAGAUCGCCAUCCGCGGCAAUGCGGCCAUGUACUCAGGCUCGGGGUACUUCAUCGACCUGCCGGCCAACAAGAGCCACGCGGUGGGCCUCUUACGUGACCUGCAGACCUGGCGGUGGGUGGAUAGGCUCACCCGCUCGGUGGUGAUAGAGCUCACUACAAUGAGUACGAACGUCAACGUCAUCGUGAAUACAGUGAUCCUCUUCGAGUUCACCCCAAACGGGGCUGUGACUGGCACUGUGACGAGUACGGCGAUGCGGACCUUCUUCUUCACCCCGUCCUUCCAGGGCUCCAACCUGGUGGCCUUCUUCCUGCUGAUUUGGCUGUCGUUGUGCUUCUUCAUCUUCACCAUCUACUCGCUGUGGCUGAUGUACAAGACCUGCUUCAACUUCUUGGGGCAGAACCCCCUGGGCUACCUGAAGCGCUCCGGCUGGAUCGCGAGGCUGGUGUUUCCCUUCCGAACCUUCUACCAGUUCUUCCGGUACGGCUGGAACUGUGCGGACAUGGUGAUCCUGGGAUCCUUCUACAUCCACCUGGGCUUCCGCGUCAGCGCCUACGUGGCGGUGGGCAACAGCGAGGUGCUGCAGCCCGGGGUCAUCGGCCACCCGGAGAUUUUCAUGCCCUUUGGGCAGCUCAUGGAGCCUUUGGUCCUGGGCAACAACUUGCUGGCGCUGUUGUCGAUCACCUGCUGGGUGAAGUUGUUCAAGUACCUCUGCAUGAGCAGCUACUUCCGGCUGCUGGUCAGAAUCCUGGAGUCCUGCGCCGCCAGGCUGAUCAUCUUCGCGGCCCUGCUGCUGGUGGUCUUCUUCGGCUUCGCCGUGGCCUUUUCGAUCGGCCUGGGCACCACGGACAAGAACUUUGUGACGAUCCCUGGCUCCUUCCUGGUGCUCUUCUUCCUGCUCAUCGACGGGUACUCCAUAGACAUCGAGUGGUUCCGGCCCGGCAAGGACCAGCUGACCACCAUGAUCUUCCUUGGAUACAUUGCGUUGAUCUACUUCGUUCUGCUGAACAUCUUCGUGGCCAUCGUGCUGGACACCUUCUCCCUGGCCUCGAGGCUCUACGCGGUGCAGGCGGACAAGAAGAACCCCAUGAUCGUGUUCUUGCACACCUAUUGGAACUGGAUGAAGGGCCAGAGUCUGGUGGAGGAUGAGUCGGAGGAGCACAUGAACCCGAAGGAUCUCUCCAUCACCCUGGACCUGCUGCCGGGCCUGGUCCGGAGAAAGUGGGUGGAGAAGAAGCGGAGGAUGCAGCGGGUAGCGGAUGAGAACUUUGCGGGCAUGGACCUCUUUCCAGAGGACAUUGACCGGUCCCAGUCCAAGAAGCAGGCGGACCAGAUGCUGACGGACUGGAUGCUGCCCAGCACCCAGUCGGACGUCUUGGACCAGAUGGCCGCGCCGGCGGAGCACAAGCCCUUGGCGCUCUACGAGGUGCCCAACUCGGUCAUGAUCCAGGAGAUCAGCCGCGCGCAGCUCCAACGGCUCAUGGACGAGGACUCCACCAUCCCCCUGCUGCUGGGCUCCCGGCGCGCCGUGGAGGUGAUCCGGAAGUUCAAGUCCGAGCUGAAGGAGGAGAGCGGGCAGCCGGUCACCGCGGUGAAGACGAUGCAGGGCAACAUCUUCGGGCGCAUCGACAAGCUGGAGCGGGUGAAGCUGGACGAUGACGUGCCAGAGGUCCCGGAGAUGACGCAGAUCGCCGAGCAGAUGAGCUCCGCCAUACUGGAUCUCAGGAACCAGUUCCGCGUGCAGCUCACCGGGGUGAUCGAGUGCACGGCGGUGCUCUUCGAGCAUCUCGUGGAGCUCACCCAGGGCCUGGACGAGGUGCGGCAGAACAGCGAGGGAGUGAUCCGCCUGGUCCGGAGCAACCAGAUCUCCGACGGGUACCAGAUGUGUGGCCCCGAUAAAGAGGCGGCAAAAGUGCUAGUAGCUUACUCCUACAAGACUGUGGUAAGGUCUUGUUACGAAGAGCAGCGACAGCGGUAUGAGGCGUUGGCGGUCUGGCUCAUGACCUGUACCCGGCGCCAGGAGAUGUGCGCGCGGCAGGUCACGAGCCUGGAGGCGCGGCUCGAGAAGCUGGAGGCCGGCGAGCGGCCGGAGCUCAACGGAGGCGACAACCAUCUGGUGUCACUGCACCAGGAGUUGGUGGCCAUGACGCAGCAAGAGUUCCGGGGCCUCCACGAGCGCUGCAACGCGUUGCAGGAGGGUCUGGAGACUUUGGAGGCCCACAAGAACUCCGCCGAGCUGCGCGCCCAGUGCCUGCAGGAGCAGCAGAUCAAGCUGGAGCAACUGGCUGGCGACGGCCAGGACUGCAGCGCCCGGGUGGAGGAGCACGAGGUGCGGCUCGGCGUGGUGCGGUCCAAGGUGGAGGCCCAGGAGCAGCGCAUCGCCCUGCUGGGGGAGCGGGUGGAGCGAGCACUCCGAGGCGAAACGGCGCAGAUGCAAAGAUUCUGCGACCAGGCCGUGCAGAAGCUGCGGGCGGAGCUCACGGCGUGGUGCUCUGACGCCUUCGCGGAGCUCAGGUCGCAGAUCGAGGCCCGGAGCGCGAGGGAUCGCGAGGGGCCAGGCGACUUCGAGGGCACCCUCGGCGCGCUGCAGCGGGGCGUGGCCGCGGCGGCCGGCGGCCUCAGCGAGGUGAAGCAGCUGCUGCUGGCGGCCUGCGAAAGAGGUCUGUCCGCCUCAGGAAGCUCGCCGGAGGCGGUGGGUCAGCUGUUGACCAGACUUGCGCACCAGGAGGCUGCGACCUCGGAGCUGAAGAGUGCCAUCGAGUCCGCAGAGGAGCGCGUGUCCCAUGCGGAGACCUCCGCCGAGCGGGUGGCGGCGCUGUGCCAGGAGCUCCGGACCAAGGUGGCGCAGGUCGUUGAGGAAGGCGUACCGGAGGACCCCGUGGAGAGGGACCGUGUGCAAGGGGAGGCUCGGGCCGCGACGGCUUCCUUCCAGGAGGAGCCGGAGGCCGGCGGCGGUGGGCCGCGCGAGGCGGCCUCUUCGGCUUUCCGGGAGGAGGCUUUCGGGUGGGACGGCAGCUGGCUGGCACGAGGUCCGGAUCGGCCGCGGGAAGAGCGGGUGGAGGCCGGCGGCGGCGGGCCCGCGCCCAGCGCGCCCAGCGCGCCCAGCGCGCCCGCGCCGCGCUCGCAGGUGGGCCCAUCGCGGCCUGAUGCGGCGGAGGACCCGGUCGAACGUGACAGAGGUCUGGAUCGGGCGCGGGAAGAGCGCGUGGAGGCCGGCGGCGGCGGGCCGGCGCCCGCACAGGAGAGCGAGGAGAGGGGCAGAGGUUCGGACCGUGCGCGAGAGGAGCGGGUGGAGGCCGGGGGCGGCGGCCCCGCGCCCGCGGAUCCCGUGCAGGCUCUCUCCCUCACCGAGGACUCGGGGCCUGAGGAAAGAGAGCGAGGUGACCGGGCGUUGCGGGAGGAGCCGGUCGAGGCGGGUGGCGGCGGACCCACUCCGUGCGCUUCGGCUUCGGCGUCCGCUUCCGCUUCUGCUUCCGCUUCGGUGGGCCGGGACGAGGACCUGGACAGAGACCGGAACGCCACGCAAGGCGAACGCCGGGAGGACCGGGCGGAGGCCGGCGGCGGUCCCGGCUUCGAAGCCCGCGGGCAGGCAAUCGGCCGUGAUGGCGGCGGCCCGGAGAGCAGCGCGGGGCCGCCUCAGGCGCCCGGCACCCCGGCGAGCGGCGGCGACGGCGACGCCGCCGGGGCCGGGGCCUCCUUCGGCGAGUGGCCGGCGCCGUCCGCCGGUACCGGCUUCGGUCGGAACGGCGCGGACGGGGACGGCGCGGCGGGGGAGUGGCAGCCCUGGCCCAGCGGCUUCGGGUCCUUUGGCUUCGGCGCCUUUGGCGCCGGGGACGCCGGCGGCGGCGUGGACGGCGAUGCGGUGUCCGAGCAUGAGGAGCCAGGCGGCGUCCCCGGCGCCGGCGCCGCGGCGCGGCGUGGCGAUGCCAUGGGCUCCGCGGACUUCGGGGGCGGGGGCGUGCCGGGGGAGCUCCGGGAGGCCGCGGCUUCCAGCGAGGCGGUGUUCCGGCCCGACCCGGCGAUUCUUCCUGCGAGGACCUCCGACGCGGCCUCCUCUGAGGGCGACUCCUUCCAGGACAUCCCGGAGACCUCCCGAGGCGCCUCGGCUUCGGGCAGCCGCCGCCGCUCCUUCGAGCAUCUGCUGGUGGAUUCGGAGGGCGACUACGACGACGACGAGUUCGAGGAGGACUUGCCGGAGAUCCCGAGGCUUGGGGCAAGAUUUUGCCGGAGCGUGGGCUCCGUGAUCAACGUCUCGAAUUUGGGGGGGCUGUUGGGCGGCGUGGGCAUCGGGUGCUGGGUUGGUGUUCGUGAGGCCUUCGUGCCCUCUUCCAUGGUUGUUUGCCUUUUGCCGGGGAGAAUCUCCUUGGAGUGCCUGGCGGAGUACCGAGAGCUGGCGCAGCGGGAGAACGUUGAGCCUCCCUGUGAGCCAGGACGCCUGCCGGUGAGGGUGACGCCUGACUUUAUCCCGGUGCUGCUGAAGCCAGAAGAAGUCAUCCACAGGCAGCUCCAGGAGUGGUUGGAGGAGAACCGGAGAGAGGUGAUGGAGGCUUUUGAGCAAGAGAACAGUCCAAUUGAGCCAGCCUCCGCCCCAGUGCUUCCAACCAAGGAUCUAGUGGAUCCAGUGGAUCUAGCGGACACAGUCAGGGACUUCCAUCCACAGGAUCCAGCCACCCCAGAGCCAGAGGAUCCAGAUCCAGCCACCCCAGAUCCAACAGAUUUAGUGGAAGUGGACCUAGUCAGUGACUGCGACGCAGAGGAUCCAGUGGAUCCAGAGCAUCCAGCCGACCUAGUGGAGGUCUAUUCAGCUGGUCUAGCUCAGCUCUCAAACAAGAAGACCUAUGCCAUGUUUGAUCUGGUGAUCCCGCUGCAUGCCUUCCACGAUCCGGCGAGGGACACCAGGCACAUGGGCACGAACCCCGUCAUUCAGCUGAGGAGGGGGCUUUUUUGCUGGCUCCAGUGGCUCAAGGCGAUCAAGACGCCACAGACCUUCAGCCUCUGCUUUGCCUGCAGCCAGCUCUAUGAGGUGGAGCUGCAGCACCUGGCAGAGCGGUCGUGGACUGGCUGCAAAGGCUGGUGCCGUGACUGCACCCAGCUUCCUGGCUUACAGCGUGAAGGCUAUGGGAUCAAGUAG